AUGGACGAGAAAGUCGACCUUUCGCCCAAGCAAGGGGCCACCGUUCCUGUGAACGGCCCAGCGUCCAUGGUGGAUGAGAAGCCCAGAAAUGAUCAGACGGACCCAGAGCUUUUGGACGCACUUGACAGACCUCAAAGAAUUCACCAAAUUGUACAAGAGGCCAUUUUGUUGGCAGGCGGUGCUGUCGCGAUCUUGCUCCAGGUUGCCGAGCCUGGCGUCGGAAAAGGAGUCGAUAGGCACAGCAACUUUGCAUACAGGCCCCUCGACCGUCUUCGCACGACAAUGACCUAUAUCUACUGUAUGGCAUACGGUACUCGAGCCGAGAAGAAAUCCGUCAUAGAGAUGGUUCACCGAGCUCAUGCUCCCGUCAAGGGACCAAGCUAUUCCGCCAACGAUCCCAGACUUCAGCUGUGGGUUGCGGCAACCCUCUACGCCGUUGGCAUUGAUCUUUAUCAACGCGUUUUUGGACCAAUGAGCCAAGAAACUGCUGAGGAAAUCUACCAAGAAUACUCGAUCUUGGCUACAUCUCUUCGUGUCCCUGCAGGGAUGUGGCCCGCUACGCGUGCUGCAUUUUGGCAGUACUGGGAUGAUAAGAUUGCGACGGUUGAGAUCACCGACAAUGCGAAGAAUGUAGCCCAUGAUCUACUGUGGAACAAGAAGGCACCCCUUCAGAUUCGGGCUGUUCUUCCUAUAGUUCGCCUCACAACUGCCGAGAUGUUGCCCCCUAGAAUCCGUGACGCUUACGGGCUGAAGUCAACUAAGGUCCGAAGAGGAACCUACCGAGUUCUCAUGGGGCUGACCAGGGUCACAUACCCCGCUCUUCCCCGUGUGAUUAGAACUUAUCCCAUGCGCUAUUAUUUGAAGGACAUGCGGCGGAGAAUUAACAAUAUGAGUUGA